UAAUUAACCCUUUCAUUACAGGGUCAGUCAUCACCUGCGGCAUCCUCUUGUGUUAAAGGCUCCUCUGAGAUUCAGGAUGAUGGCAGAGAUUCGUCGUCUACCCAGAGUCCUCCAGUGAUUCGGCCGCCGCCGAGAAAAACCAGUCGCCGCUUGUGGCGCAGACAACUGGACAGCAGCAGCUCAGACAACAGCCCGAUGACCGCCACAGUUAACAGACAGAGACCGGCGAAAACAGACACACACAGUCACAACAGAAGUUCGUUUUCUUUCGCUGAUGUUUCAAGCGAGUCAACUGAGUUUGAUUUCCCUGACAUUGUUUCUAGUGCAAUCCAAGAAGCUCAUGCACACAGAAACAUUAACAGCCACGAUCCAUCUGAUCUCAAACCGGAUGAGGAAUCAACUCACAAACCUCUUAAGAUCACCGAGACGAACACAGAUGAACAUGAAAAGCCUGACACAGCAUCACCGCACUCUGAAGCCUCUUUGGAUUCACGGCUGAAGACCUUUAAAGAAGAUCUCAAACACUGUGAAGAUGCCACUGAGAUGAAACAAGAGUCAGUUCAGUUCAAGAGUCCUUCACCCGUCAGAAACACACAGUCUAACGCAGACGCUCUCCAGAAACCAGACACUCCCAGACCAAAGUCAAGUGUGAAAUGGAAGAACGUUAUGAUGCAGAGAGCACUGUGCUCUUUUACCUUUCCGUCUGAGGAUCAGGAUCCAACAGAUGAAUCCUGGAGCAGACUUACGCUGGAGGACGACUCGAGAGACUCAGAAAGAGCUGACGUGACGCCUGAAUGUCCUGAGAAACCAGCCGAAGAUAACGUCAAGAACCGAGCUGCGGGAGACGCUUGCAUACCACAGGUGCUUAUAACUACAGGAUAG